AUGGUGGACCAGUUUUUGAAGUUUGUUCACUUCGUUUGCUCUCCCCAAACUACCCUCCUGGAAAGAGACAGCGGAGCUCCUGUUCCUCCACGCCUUCCGUCUGCACGGCCUGCCCCUGGAGGUGACCAGGGGCCGUGGCCCUCAGUUCUCCAGUCGCUUUUAGAGGUCAUGCUGUCCGCUCUGGAGGCCAAGACCCAGCUGCUGUCUAGCUUUCACCCCCAGACCGCCGGCCAGACUGAGCGGACGAGCCAGGAGCCGGCAAAGACACUGCGCUGCCUGGUGGAGAAAUCCCUGCCCUCCUGGGAGGCCUCGCUCCCCUGGGUGGAGGAUGCACAUCAUUGCUCCUCGGGGCCGCCAUUCCUCAUCGUCGAUGGAAAUGUAACUUCACCUUUCCCGCAGCGGACAUCAAGGGCACUGUGUGCCUGCCGCCAGUGCAUCUCUGUUGAGGAUGAAGACCCCUGGUUCAUGAAGCGCUUUAACACGUCCAUAUCGCCACUCUUAUCACAGAAGAACGCCAUGCUGUCUGACGACACCUUUAAAUGGUGGCAGAGGCUACAGACUAAGCAAAAUGCCAACUACAGUGCUGUGGUGCAGAAACUAUUCCAGGUCGUCCCUGGGGAGGGACAUUAUAACGACUCAGGGCCCAAUCGCUGCAGGACUUGCGCUGUAGUAGGGAAUUCUGGGAACCUCAAGGGAUCUGAUUACGGAGCCCUCAUUGACUCCAAUGACUUCAUCAUAAGAAUGAACAAAGCUCCCAUUUUGGGCUAUGAAAAGGACGUAGGGAACAGAACCACCCAUCGUGUCAUGUACCCAGAAAGUGCCACAAACCUGCAAAAGGACACGAGCCUGCUGCUGAUACCAUUCAAGACUUUGGAUCUGGAGUGGAUCACUAGUGCUCUGACCACAGGCACUGUGAAACGCACCCGGAUGCCGGUGAUGGCCAAGAUUAAUGCAGACAAGAAUAAGGUGUUAAUAUACAACCCCACGUUCUUAAAGUACGUCUAUGAUGUUUGGCUUGAACGCCAUGGGAAAUAUCCCUCCACCGGCUUCUCAACCUUGAUGUUCGCCAUCCACGUAUGUGAUGAGGUGAAUGUUUUUGGAUUUGGAGCAUCCAAAGAUGGAACCUGGCAGCAUUACUGGGAGAAAAACAAAUUUAAACGUACAAAGCCAACCGGAGUGCAUGCUGGAGACUAUGAGUCCAUGGUCAUGAAGCUUCUGGCCUGUGAAAAAAAAUUGAAGUUGUUUGAAGGGAGAUGA